UGUUGUCUAUGUCAACUGAUACCUUCAUAUAGAAUGUGUACGCGAAGAACGGAAGUCAUAGCGUCGAGCCACUGGACUUCAAGUUUUUCGACGAUCGACAUAUCGUCGUAACAACAACAGGAAGUAACACAGAUGCCGUCGUACUCGUUGAUUGCUAUCGCGUUGGGAAGACCCGCAUUCUUCUACUGGAUGCGAUCAAGCAUGCACCUGUCAUCCUUGGGCUCCCAAAGCUCGCAAAAAAAGUCGCAUACUCUUUCAAUGCCGUAAGCUGCCAACCCCGCCGGCCUCCUGAGCGUAAACGCCGCGACCCUGCGAGAUUCCAUGCUGCAGGUGAUAUGCCUCUCACCCUCGUCACCAUCUGUCUUUCCGACUCCCGCCGCGGCGAGCGGCGCUUCGACCUCAUCAUCCCCGCCGCCAUAUGGCUCUCACGCCUCCAAUCAGCCGACACGACAGGCGUGCUCGUCCCCUGGGAGCAGUGGGGCGAGGAGAGCCGCAUGCUUGACAGCACCGAGGCGUCAUGCAGCCAGGUCUUUGGCACGCGGUACCUCACGUCCGAGCCGUACAUGUCCCGCGAGUCGCGGUACGGUGUCCGGUCGCGCACGGACCUCCUGUGCGUGUACGACUUUGCGCCGGUGCCGGUGCUCAUGCACGACCUGCUCACUGUCGGCGAGGACGCGGACGUGUGCGUUCUCACGUUCCUGUGCUCGGACAAGAGCGUGUGGGCGAAGCCGGUGCGCACUGCGGCGCCGUUCAAGCGGAUCGAGGUGCCGGGGCUGGUUGUGGGCGACAGCGACUCGGUAUAUAUGGGAGAGGAUGGGCUUUUUGUUCGGAGUGCGGACUAUAUUCUUGAAGAGUAGGUGCUCAAG